CACCCGGGAUUUUGUGUUUAAUUAGCAUAAAAAUCUGCUGGAGAGCAGAAGAAGCUGUGCGUCACAACCAACCGUGAAGAUGGGAGGGGGAAUGAGGGGAAUACCUAUGGGAGUCAACAAACUGCAGUGUGUAUUCCUUCCACGGCCGACAAAAACCAGUCGGGCUGAUGUGAAAUGAUGACUUAGCUCACAGCGUUACAGGUGGCUGGAGACAGAUGGGUGCGUCUGGGAGCCGGAAGGGCGCAGCAAUCGGACCUCAAACAUUGAGCGCGCGCUGAUGGAGCCGUGGCACUGUGAGCUGAAUGUGAAUCCCCAACCUGUGAGUGUGCUGUCCGGGGCCAGCACGUCACAUCAAUGACGGGAUAUGAGACAAUGAAGCAACAAGGGAGAACGGGGAUAAAACGAGUCCAAGUCUUGGAAGUGGAAAAGCGCGUGUGAUGACGGACAGCACAAGGGAAAGAGAAGAGGUAAAGCAGCGGAAGGUUAACUAGUUAAUCGAGCUCUCCCGGUGCUGAUAAGAGAACAAGUACAGACAGAACAAAUGUGCCAACCUCUCUUAAUUCUGUAAAGAGUCUGGGGGAGUUGAAUUUUUAUUAAUCAGAAGACAAGACUUUUGAGACAGAAAAGAAGAAAACAAUGGAGUCGCAGGGGAUCACAGAGGGACAAGCCACUAAUAUGGCACAAUCUGCCGCCUCCAUACUGUCCCAGAUGGGUGAAAGAACUAAACUGGGCAACGUAAUUCAAGACCCAGAACGACAGAAGCGGGUCAUUCUAGUAAUAGUCUGUAUAGCACUUCUAUUAGACAACAUGCUUUACAUGGUAAUUGUGCCAAUCAUACCCGACUAUCUUGCAGAGCUACAGAAAGCAGAGGAUCAUGCCCAAACUGCUGCCCUGCACUCCAACUCCACGAACAGCACCAUGCACAAAGUAACUAAGGGAAACUUCGACUUACAGAUAGGCGUUCUUUUUGCCUCUAAGGCCAUCCUGCAGCUCCUGGUGAAUCCACUAAGCGGCACGUUUAUAGACAGGGUAGGAUAUGAUAUCCCACUUUUCAUCGGACUCAAUAUCAUGUUUCUCUCCACCCUUACAUUUGCUUUUGCUGAAAACUACGCAACUCUAUUCCUGGCGCGCAGCAUACAGGGCCUCGGCUCAGCUUUUGCGGACACUUCAGGGAUCGCUCUGAUCGCAGACAAGUUCUCGGAGGAGGCAGAAAGAAGCAAAGCGCUUGGUAUAGCUUUGGCUUUCAUAUCCUUUGGGAGCCUCGUGGCACCCCCUUUUGGAGGGGUCCUCUAUGAGUUCGCCGGAAAGCGGAUGCCCUUUCUGAUUCUGGCUUGCGUCUGUCUCGCUGAUGGUGUGUUGUGCCUGACUGUGCUGAAGCCCUUCACCAACCGAGAAAGAGAAAACAUGCCAGUGGGCACCCCUAUAUAUAAACUGAUGAUUGAUCCAUAUAUUGCUGUAGUAGCUGGAGCGCUCACCAUCUGUAACAUCCCUCUUGCCUUCCUUGAGCCCACUAUCGCUAAGUGGAUGGAGGAAAACAUGAAUUCCAGCGAGUGGGAGAUCGGCAUGACAUGGUUCCCUGCAUUCUUUCCUCAUGUGUUAGGUGUAUAUCUCACUGUGAAAUUAGCAGCAAAAUACCCCCAUCUCCAGUGGUUUUAUGGGGCAAUAGGUAUGGUGUUCAUAGGCGCGAGCUCGUGCACAGUGCCAGCCUGUAAAAACUUUGGACAGCUCAUGAUUCCGCUCUGUGGCAUCUGCUUUGGCAUCGCCUUCGUGGACACGGCGCUCCUCCCGACUCUGGGUUUCCUCGUGGAUGUGCGCCACGUGUCAGUGUACGGCAGUGUGUAUGCUAUUGCAGACAUUUCUUAUUGUUUGGCCUAUGCCAUGGGGCCCGUGGUGGCUGGACAGAUAGUGCACGACCUGGGCUUCGUUCAGCUUAACUUGGGCAUGGGGCUCGCCAACGUGCUUUACGCACCGGCGCUCCUUUUGCUGAAGAACGUGACACAAAUGAAGCCUUCUUUCUCCGAGCGAAACAUGCUCCUGGAGGAUGGCCCCACGGGACUGUACGAUACAAUUAAGAUGGAGCAACGAGAAAAGAAGAGAAAGGGUUUGUGUACAACGAUGGACGAGAAUGGCAUUGAGACUUUUGCUCAGAGGUCGUACUCAGAGGAGGAAUCCUCAGGAGGAGAGUACGCGUAGAAUACAUUAAAUUGAGUGUAAAACUUUCUAAGUGCCCAUGUAGAGGUGUGUGUAUCCCGUCUAAUUCAAUCAACCGCAUAUUACUAUUGUGACUGUGUAGCAAUGUAAUUUAUUUUCUGCUUCUUCUGACAAUUUCUAUGGGUUUUGUCAAAUUGAGUGAUUUCAGGCUUUUGCGCGUUAUGAGAGAAUUAUAAAAGAUGUUUUAACUGAAAGUCAUUUUUCUCCGUAUCAAAUGCUAACUUAUGAUGUCUUCAGGGAAUAAAGUGUAAAUGCAUUUUUAACAAAAAAGAACGAAUGUAAUGUAAGAGUAUUUUAAUGUUAUCCAUUUAUUUUGCUGGCAAAUUAAAUAUGCAAAAUUGUGUGUGAUGCGACAAUUUUAGAAAGGGUAAAUAUGACUGAAAUCUGCGUCUUGUUGAUAGCUUAUUCUAUUUAUUUUCAUGAUGUGCUUCUGGAAUGCAAAGCCUGAUUAUAAUAAGAUCUGUGAUUGUACAGACAUGUAAAUUCAUGUAAAUAAUUAAAUCAGUAUAAUGCGAA